AAGGAAUCAACGUUCGAACUGCGCUCGAGAAGGGGAGCGACUGAUUUCUUCAUUUAGAGCUUCAGAGCUUGUCCUCAGGUUGCAAAGAUAAGAUAAAGAUCCGAAGCAGUUCAAAGAAUUUCAAACAAAUUUGAGCGAUCACGGAUUAUCGAGCUUGCGGUGGAUCAUUUUCGUAUCUUAUCAGUAUAACAGAAAUUGUGAGAGAAUAUCUUGGGCCCAACGAAGAGUGGAUUCACCUCUGAGCGAUUCAAACGACAGACGACGGUGCUAACAAAUCGGCGAGGCCACUGCGAGCGGACACGAGCGGAAUGCAACAGGAGGGUUCGUCAUCGUUUAUCAGGCAGCAUGAGCGGGCAAUGGCGGAGGGUCAGUACCGGGCCACCGUGGAGGAGAAGAUCCCUUUCGUCGAUUCAGAUCACGACGACGAGUGGCUCGAGGCUGUCGAUCGAUCGAGUACUGCCGCCACUAGUAGUAAUCGGUCAGUCGCCGACGAGGACGAUAUGAUGACGGAGAGCCAAGAAAAUCUUGCGCGGGCCUUUGUGAGCCGUGGUGGCGCUAGUGGCCCAUCACUGGCUGAGCGAAGAAUGCAGGGAAAGCUUACCGUAUCCAUCGAAAACAACACAGCUGAAGAUAGCGAUCUAUCUGAUGAAGCCAGAGAUGAAGCGAGGGACUUAAUAUCAACAGAAGAACGGUCUAGGGGCCUACGAAGAAAUUCCAUUUCUCUGCCCUCACUAAACGUGAACGAGCUGCAGAAGAUGGAAUCAAUUGCCCAGCAAGAAAUAAUGGUCGAGGAUGAGAGCAGCACGACUUCUUACUCCGAUGGAACGACGGCAACACCGGAGUUGCCCAUGUCGGCUAAUAAGUUGAAACCAAUGUUACAUUUCAACGACGAAACCAGCAGCGACGAGGAAGUCAAAAUGCCGACCAGGAAUAUAUUCCGGACGAAGCGUCGAUCUUCCAUUGCACCGUUACCGGCACUACGACUGAAUGAUAAGGAAAUGAUGUCCAACGACUUCGAAACACAUAGCGUGCUGAGCAAUCAGGCGUCGAUCACCAGCAUCAACUCACUGGCGAGCUUGUUGAAGGAAAAAAUGCAGAAUGUGCCCGCUAUAAUCCGUAAGAAAAAGCGUGAAACUAAAGACUACAAGUUGCGUGCCUUUGUGGGAUUUCUGUUUCUUGUGAUCGUUUUUCUGGUCGGUUAUGCAUACGUUAUGUACAACCAAAAGCUGCUGUCGCGAUCAUACUUUGAGAGCAUCAAGUUCCACAAGAAAACGCGCAACUUUCGGCUGCUGGACGGGAAAGGAGCGGAUCUUCUAACGGGAGUACUGGGAAACACGCUACCGAUCGAGCAACCCUACAACUGUUUGCCACACGAUCUAAAGGAUGAUGGAAGCGUUUGCUACGAGUGGAACUCCAAGGCUCGCUUGUACAUGAACCAAGUGAAAUCACCCAGUCCCGAUAUCAAGUGUUAUUCCUUUCAAUGGGAAUCAUUAUUGGAUGGCCUUUUUCCUAUCGAUUGUUUCGAUGUUGGCGGUGACCGUGGUUUCUGGUACGGUGGAGGCAUUACCAAGGGAAAUGACUACAUUUUAGGGAAUGCAACGUUUCCGAACAGUCCCUUCGUAACCGGUGACACGAACAUGCACCAGUGGGGUAAUGCCGUGAAGCGUUACUUUUUAAACUCGAAAGGUGUUGCAAUUCAGGUGGACGAGAGGACACCACUGUAUGUAAGCGUAAACUCGGAAGCAUUGAACAAACUAUGUCUGCAAGGUAGAAACGAUCAGUUUGCUUUCGUCAACAAGCAGUCCCCCUAUCCACAGUUGAAGUAUACCAUCUGCAGCGGGCCGGACAUGAAAUCGCUGCAUAAUGGUUUGAUGCAGAAGAGUCUGUGGGAUGGGUUGACGGAAAAGGAUAACGAUGUGAUCAAAUCGUUACUGCGGGAACCAGUAUGGCAGAUACCGGCAUCGAAACAGGAACACCUUACAGAAACGGCGAUCUACAACUACACGGAGAGCAUCAUUGCCCUGGGAUACCUUCGCCUGGGGCACAUUCUCGUAAAUGAGUUUUGGCAGAAGACUAUCGGCGACUUCCGGCUCGAUGCGGAACGGUUUGCGACGCUCGAUGAGACGGUGAACAUUUUGCAUCGACGCGGUUUCCGUGUUUCCCUCACGAUCCAACCGUUCAUCAGUACGGAAAGUAGCAAUUUCCGUGAGGCGGUGGCCGGUAAACUGUUGAUCUAUGAGCGUGAAUCCGAGCGCAGCAUCCCGGCACUGACGCGGUACAAGAGCACGACAAGUGCGGGAGUGCUUGACGUCACGAACAACGCAUCUAUACCGUGGUUAGCGGAGAAGUUGAAAAGAAUUUCCGAAUCGGUGGAAAUCGAUUCGUACUUUCUUGACUUUGGAACGGCAUUUAACAUUCCCCGGUACUACCAGUGCGCCCAUACGCUCGUCAAUCCGGAUGAGUUCAAAAACUACUUCAUGGAACGAUUCGAAGGCACGCUGAGCAUUUUUGGUGUAUCGAGUGCAGUGACUGUCCCGCGGCCACCGGCCUUCCUGAGCCUUCCGCCCGUGAACAGCUCCUGGAGUGGCCUGCAAACCAUAAUUCCAACAAUGCUUUCAUACGGCAUCAUCGGUUUUCCCUUCCUUAUGCCCGGUCCGGUAGGUGGCGACUUUGUGCUUCCGACACAGCAACUGAAGAAAAUGUAUUCAUUCUACGAGUUUGAGCUGCCACCACUGCCUGAUAAGGAACUGUACGUACGAUGGUUACAGUUGGCCACCUUUCUACCGGUGCUUCGCUUUACGUAUCUUCCAUCGGAGUAUCGCGAUGAAUCGGUAACGGCAAUCGCGAAGGAACUGGCCAACAUACGGCAGGCGACGGUGGUACCAAUGCUGGAACGCUACGCGAGCGUAGCCAUGGAUGAUGGAUUGCCCAUCAUUAGACCACUGUGGAUGUUGGAUUCGACGGACGUUAACUGUUUUUCCAUUAGUGACGAAUUUUCCAUCGGCGACGGUAUGAUCGUUGCACCGGUGCUUACGAAAGGGGAAACGGUGCGUGAAGUGUAUCUACCGCAGGGCGUGUGGAAGGAUGGAAUUGAUGAGUCACUGCGGAAGGGAAGUCGUUGGAUACACAAUUACCACGUGCCUCAAAAUAAGGUGGCCUUUUUCAUAAAAAUGCCCGAUAACACUCGCUUCUAGGCCACAGGGGAAGCGAUGAUGGUUUGGUUAGUCGUUAAAGAUUGUUGUUGUGCAAUGGGCCCGUCGUGGGUCAGCUAUGCCAUACUCCUCGGCCUCUAGCGCAAGGAAGUAAAAAGGAAAAGUAUUUAUUUUAUUAAAUAAUGUUUAAUACAUCCAAAACACAUACACACGCACACACGUACACACUCCAUGGAUAAUAAACCGCCACUGAUACCGCUCCGUACGCUCAUUCUCGUUGGCUCGUUCGGUUUCGUGGUUUUGUUUUUUUGUU